AUGAUUAUUCGUGGUGGUAUUAGUAUUUAUCCAAUUGAAAUUGAAAUUACACGCCAUCAUGAAGAAAUAUGUGCAUGGAUUAAAUUAAAAUCUAAUGAAACAAAAUGUCAAGCUGAAGAUAUUGUAAAAUUUCUUUCUGAUAAAAUAGGUUUUUUUAAAAUUCCUAAGUAUAUUCGUAUUGUUGAUAAAUUCAUAAUAACAUCAACAGGAAAAGUACAAAAAUUCAAAAUGUCUGAAGUGAUGAUUAAUGAACUAAAUAAAAACAAAUAG